UUUCCUUUCACUCUGUGUAGAUAUGGCUGCUGCAAACUAUCAUCGGUCUGAGGAUCAGUUUCUCUGCUCCAUCUGUCUGGAUGUGUUCAAUGAUCCUGUUAGCACAUCAUGUGGACAUAACUUCUGCAUAAACUGCAUCACUGACCACUGGAACACCAGCAACCAGUACAGGUGUCCAAUUUGUAUGGAAGCUUUUACUAAAAGACCUGAACUGAGGAUCAACACUUUGCUCUCUGAGAUUGUUGGUCAGUUCAGAGACAAAGCUCAGCAGGAAGCCAGAAGCAGCAGCUCAGAGCUACAAGACUGCACUGGAACCAAACAGAAGGCCCUGAAGUCCUGGAAAGCUGUGGCUCAGCUGGAGGAGACUGUCAGUGAAGAGAUGAAGGAGUUGGUUCAAACUGCACUGAAGAGAGUCCAGCAGUAUGCUGUGGAUGGAACUCUUGAUCCUGAUACAGCACAUCCUAAUCUCAUCCUGUCUAAAGGUGGGAGACAAGUUUAUCAUGGUGAUGUGAGGAAGAAUCUACCAGACAACCCAGAGAGAUUCUCUUCUUGUGUUUGCGUUUUAGGAAAGCAGAGUUUCUCUUCAGGCAGAUUUUACUUUGAGGUUCAGGUUAAAGGAAAGACUCGUUGGGAUUUAGGAGUGGUCAGAGAGUCCAUCAACAGGAAGGGAGAAAUCACAGCGAGUCCUGAAGAGGGUUUCUGGACUAUAUGGUUGAGAAACGGAAAUGAAUAUGAAGUCCUUGAUGACCCUUCAGUCCGUCUCUCUCUGAAGUGUCGUCCUGAGAAGGUGGGGGUGUUUGUGGAUUAUGAGGAGGGUCUGGUCUCCUUUUAUGACGUGGACUCUGCAGCUCUGAUCUACUCCUUUACAGACUGCUCCUUCACUGAGAAACUCUUCCCUGUCUUGGGUCCUAGUGUUAUUGAAGGAGGUAAAAACUCUGCACCUCUGAUCAUCUCUCCUGUCAGUGUGAAAUAAUCAGACUUCAUGUAUUGAUUCUCAUCCGAGUACAUACCAUCCCAUUUACUGACAACACGGUAUAUUUGACAUCUUUGACAGAAUCAGAUCAUCGUGUUCGUUGAUUGACUUUAUAGUUCAGAGGUUUGUCCUCGUAAACACAGCAGGUAACAAACUGAUUUGAUUGACUCAGCUCAUCAUCGAGAUGCAUCAUUUAUGUGAUAACGUUUAUUACGUAUAUUUAUUUAUUAACCCUUUAAACUUCAAUGACUUCCAAUUUCAGAUCGAGAGGAAAAAACUGCAGAAGACAAUAAUUCAGUUUAUAUUUGUCUGAAAUGUCUUUGGUGUCUCUUUGACCAAGUUCUGCUGUACGUAUGAUAGUGUUGAUAAAAAGUCAAAGAAAUCUGUAAAUAUGUGAUUGUGAAACAAAAACUUCUAAAUAAACUCGUUGAAGACGA